AAACCCCCACGCUACCCAGCCCACCCUCUCCUCCUAAUCUCUCGCCCGUCGCUGAAGUCCGAACAACUGUUCCGAUUUCUGACUUCUCUCUUCGCACGAGUUCUUCCAUCAACAGAUCAUCCGAAUCUCAUCUACUCAUUCUCUGGGCUUAAAGAUUCAAUUGUUGAAGAAGCCCCCACUUCGCUCCACGAUUUAAUAUGGCAACUCUUGCUGAUUCUUUUUUAGCAGAUUUGGAUGAGUUAUCCGACAAUGAAGCUGAUAUUCUUGAUGUGGGAAAUGAAGAAGCUGAGCACAUGGAGGAAGAUGUGGAUGGUGAGCUAGCCGAUAUAGAAACUCUUAAUUAUGAUGAUCUGGAUAGUGUCUCGAAAUUGCAUAGGACCCAACGCUAUAUCAGCAUUAUGCAGAAAGUAGAAGCAGCACUGGAAAAGGGUUCGGAAAACUCAGAUAAAGGGAUGGUUCUAGAAGAUGAUCCAGAGUAUCAGUUGAUUGUUGAUUGCAAUUCAUUGUCAGUUGAUAUUGAGAAUGAGAUUAUAAUAAUCCAUAAUUUCAUACGUGACAAGUACCGAUUGAAAUUUCCAGAGUUGGAGUCUCUUGUUCACCACCCAAUUGACUAUGCCCGGGUGGUCAAGAAAAUUGGUAACGAGAUGGACCUCACGCUUGUUGAUCUGGAAGGACUUUUACCUUCUGCUAUUAUUAUGGUGGUUUCAGUUACAGCAUCAACUACAAAUGGCAAGCCACUCCCUGAGGAUGUCUUGCAAAAGACAAUCGAAGCAUGUGAUCGUGCAUUUGCUCUUGAUUUAGCGAAGAAGGAAGUCCUUGAUUUCGUUGAGAGUCGAAUGGGAUAUAUAGCACCGAACCUUUCCGCUAUUGUAGGAAGUGCUGUUGCUGCAAAAUUAAUGGGGAUUGCCGGUGGUCUUUUCUCAUUGGCAAAGAUGCCUGCUUGCAAUGUUCAGCUUCUUGGUGCUAAAAAGAAAAACCUUGCUGGGUUCUCCACAGCAACAUCUCAAUAUCGCAUUGGAUAUCUUGAGCAGACAGAAGUAUUUCAGACUACUCCUCCUUCUCUUAAGAUGCGUGCCUGUCGACUGUUGGCUGCAAAAUCUACCCUUGCCGCGCGUGUAGACUCAACUCAUGGAGACCCAACAGGGAAAACUGGACGAUCUCUCUUAGAAGCAAUCCGUAAGAAGAUAGAGAAAUGGCAAGAGCCACCUCCUGCCAAACAGCCGAAACCCCUUCCCGUUCCAGAUUCUGAGCCUAAAAAAAAGCGGGGUGGGCGCAGACUGAGAAAGAUGAAAGAAAGGUAUGCUGUUACAGACAUGCGGAAGCUGGCAAACAGAAUGCAGUUUGGUGUACCGGAAGAGAGCUCAUUGGGGGAUGGUUUGGGCGAGGGAUAUGGAAUGCUUGGUCAGGCUGGAAGUGGAAAAUUACGUGUAUCACUUGGUCGAAGCAAGCUUCAAGCUAAAGUAACUAAGAAAUUUAAGGAUAGGAAUUAUGGAAGCAGCGGUGCUACAUCAGGAUUGACUUCAAGUUUAAGCUUUACUCCCGUACAGGGGAUCGAGCUGUCAAACCCACAGGCAUUUGCGAACCAACUUGGCUCAGGAACCCAAAGCACUUACUUUUCAGAAACUGGGACAUUUUCCAAGAUCAAGAGAGCAUAAGUUCCCUACAAAAGUGGCACUUCUCUUAAACUGAAAUACGGCCGAUCCCUUCAGUGUUGACUCAACACAUUGUUUCUUCACGGGUUCACAUUCUCUCUGCCUCUCAUUAUGAUGCCAUGUUUUAGUUGUUAGUAUAUGAAAACAUGGAAAUUUUAGUAAGAACAAUAUCAACUUGUACUGUUUUAUCCUUUGUCUAUACUAGAGAUAUAGUAGUUGCAGUGGUUGUGGUUUUUCCUCAUCUUUAGCUCUUAAUGCAAUUGAAUGUGGCAAAGGAUUGGUUUUGCUACUUUCUGCCCUUUUUUGACACAAAGAUGGCCUUACCUUUGCGGGGGUUGAGGCUCCAAAAAUGAUUCAUUUUGGAUAAAAUGUAAAUUAUUAAUAUCCAAGAGUCAAUACAAUGUACAUCCACGAAGUAAACAUACAAAGCAUCGGGGCAUACCCCUAUAAAUCAAAAGAAAGAAUGGCACACACGCCAAAGGCACGCACACCCAAUCAACAAAACAUGAGUAAACAAGCACAAGGAAAUAAAUGUGUAUCACAUGG